AUGUCUACUCGAAAGUUGGAAACGACACUUGCCCAGGUGUUCACAGUCCUCCAAGAUCUGACUCAAAAAGUUGACGGACUUGCAAAUCGAUUCUCCGUGCUGGAAGCGAAGUUCCUCGACCACGAAACUGCCAACAAUUUUUUCCGGGAGGAGCUUGAAAAAUUGGGCGCAGUUGUCCAAAAUCUUCAAAAAAUUGAAGAAAAACAAAAAACUGCUGAAAUCUCGCCAAAUAUAAUCGCUAGAGCCUCAACAAUGGCAGAUUUGACAUCUGCCACCGAAUCCAUCUCACGCUCCACCACUGAACUUGGUACUACUGCUAGUAAGUACGCUACCCCCACUGCUCCUACUGUUGAGACCACCCGCCCUCGUAAUGCCUCUCCUCCUUCUACUGCUUGGGUACAAAUUGUCAAACGUGCUGCUCCCAAGAAACUAACUGAGCGCAAGCUCAAUGCUACUGUACGUGCCUUUAGCCGUCCUACACCUAACUCUACUAAUGGCUUUACCUAUGUGUAUAUGCCUCGUGGUCGUCGUAUUAAUCGUCGAGAAAUACGUCACCGCCUGUAUACCUUAGGCAUUGAUACUGUACUACCCGUAUUUUGGACAUCACCCUACCGACUCAUGGAGUCAUCGGCCUUCUUGUACACCAGAAAUUCGCUGCUACUCUCAUCCGCCACUUGCAAGCCUGACUUAGACCCGUUAGCUGAAGAACAUGUCGCUAAUCCUGAUAUGGCUUCUGCCUCACCUACGGACCGGGCCCGCUUUGCUAAAGCCCUCCAACAAGACCGCUGCAUCCGCGCUCUUCGUUAUGUUCGUCCCUACCUGGUUUCUAGUAUUGCUCGUUUUUAUGUCAAACAAUGCUGGAUAACGGAAUCUAUUGCUACUGCUCUUACUGUAUUAAUGAACGCAACCCUAGACCAUUGA